AUGACGAACUUGUUUUGUCGUCCCCAAAUUCGUCAGCCCGUCGUUCGGUCACACUUUGUGUGUACCAAUGAUGAAAAUGACGAAAUGUUAAAAUAUUUCAAUGUUUAUUUUUAUUUUAGAUCUAUGAAAAGCAACAGUGUAGACCUUUAUGAAAACAGUUCGUCAUUCGUCAUUUCGUCAGGAUCCAAACCAUGGUCUUUUUGGUGUCUUGUUGAGUCUUCAUAUUGCAAAUGUACGAAUCACAAAAUUAGUAUGAACACCAGACGACCGCCGGCGCGAGCUCCGUCUCCCCCGUUUACCCAUUGUCCUUCAGCCACUCGAAGCACCCGUCGCGGUCAAUUUCCCAAUAGACGCCAUUCUCGUCCCUAG